AUGGGCCAGUCUAUGAGAGAGGGGCCCAGCAGCCUCCUCUAUAAGAACUUCGUGCGACAUCCCGUUCCAGUCAUCACCUCUGCGACAGGAAUCUAUCUCAACACCCAGGAUGACCGUCACAUCCUCGAUGCAACCAGCGGGGCUGCUGUUGCCUGCCUCGGAUAUGGCGAUAGCGAGGUCCAGAAAGCCAUCAUAAAGCAGAUGGUGGAUCUUUCAUAUUGCCACCCGGGUUUCUACAAGACCGAAGUGGCUGAAGACCUCGCCGACUUCUUGGUGGCCUCCACCAACGGUAUGAUGUCCAAGGCGGUGCUAUGCGGCUCAGGCAAGUUUGACGCACCCCCGUCAGCCCGAACAGACACUGACUCUGAUUCAGGCUCUGAAGCGGUCGAGGUUGCGAUGAAAUUGGCCAAGACGUACUUCGCACACCUCCCUGAGCCGCAGCUGGAGCGCACCCAUUUCAUCACCCGGACCGGGGCCUGGCACGGUGCCACACUCGGGGCGCUGACGUUGGGUGACUUCCGAAACCGCAAAGAUCCAUUUGUCACUAUGCUUUCCCAGAACUGCUCCCGCGUUUCGGCGUGCAGUGCUUACCGGGGCAUGAGGGACGGUGAAUCGGAGGCGGAGUACGUGCAACGCUUGGUCCAGGAGCUGGAUGACGAGUUCCAGAGGAUUGGCCCGCGUAGAGUGUGCGCUUUCGUGGCAGAGACUAUCGGUGGAAGUGCAAGCGGCUGUGCACUCCCUGUUGCGGGUUACUUCAAGGCCGUGAAAAAGGUGUGCGAGAGAUACGGCGCCCUGCUCAUCCUAGACGAGGUCAUGUGUGGUAUGGGCCGUACAGGGACCCUACACGCCUGGGAACAAGAGUGCAUCGUGCCAGAUAUCCAGGCCGUCGGCAAAGGUCUCGGAUCGGGUUAUGUCCCCAUCUCGGCCGUUCUCGUCAACGCCCGGGUUGUGGAAUCCCUCCAGAGCCACGGACAGGGCUUUGCCCACGGCCAGACUUACAUGGCGCAUCCUUUGGCUGCCGCCGCAGCUUUUCAGACCCAACAGGUCAUUCAGCAGCGCAAUCUCGUCCCCCAUGUGCGCGAGAUGGGCGCGUAUCUUGGGCAGCGCUUGAGAGACACGCUCACUACUCAUCCACACGUCGGCGAUGUACGUGGGAGGGGACUCUUUUGGGCUAUUGAAUUUGUGGCUGACAAACAGACCAAGAAGCCGUUCCAUCCCAGUGUCGGGCUGAACGGUCUCCUACACGCGCGCGGUAUGAGUAAAGGGCACGAGAUCGCCCUUUUUGCGGCAAACGGGACGUAUGAUGGUUAUGCUGGCGAUCACUUCCUCAUAUGCCCUCCGUAUAUAGUAUCCAAGGAGGACAUCGACGAGAUUGUCAGCCGAGUCGCUCUCGUUGUCAAAGAAACCUUGGCUGAUGUAGCUGAACAACCCCGCAUGGAAAGGUGUAAUGGAGACGCUUGA